GCGAGGCAUUUUUGAAUCGUUCAACUAAAAAUAAAUCGAAUCGGCAACUAAUGAAAUAUCCAACAACGCAAGGCACAAAAUCGUUGGCGUCCAUACGCCACGGAAUGGGGGGUCCUCCUGGAGAGCAUGUAGUUGAAGCAUGGAAGGAGAUCCAUGUGAAAAAACCGUCUGGCACUUUCGUUAAUGAAUUAGCUGCAAAAGAUUAUGAGGAACUGAUCAAGGAGCUUGAUAGGAAGCGACUUGAACGACAAUCCCAGAGCGAUACUGGAACUGAAUCUGAAUCUGAUACUGGUUAUCAGUUUGACGUUUUGGAAACAGUUCUAGGCCAAAGAUCUGACUAUCAAAGAGGCGUGGGUAAAAGGCUGAAGGGCAAAGGAAAGAAACCAAUCCCUCAAACUCAAUCGACGGUGCCUCCCCAACUAACUACUGAAAUGAUGAGCACUGUGGCAGAAAUAUUCUCAGCUAUGCGUGCCACUUGGGGGGGUAAUUUGACGCCUGAACAACGUGCUCAUAUAUUUAACCCACGUUUUGACAAUUUUAUUCAAACGUAUAGUCAGUCGCAGUCGCCUGGUGGUUCGUCUUCUCAGAGUUAUGCCGCUCCUCCGGAACAGCAACAACAACCUCCUCAACCACAACAGCCGUCUUCGCAACAACAAUUCCAAAGUUUGUCACAGCAGCAAUUUGAAAAUUUUUUGCAGCAGCAACCCCAAUCUUUUCCUCAGCAGCAACAACAGUCUGCUCCGCCAUUGGAAAAUCAGUUCUUAUGCUGAACCCCAUCAGAGUCUCCUCCGCUCGGCUCAAACUUUGCUGAUUUUGGAUUAUUUGGGAGUUCAUCGCAGGAGAACCAAUUUUAUUCAACUCCCAUUUUCAACCAAGCUGAGCUCAGUAAUUUAACGCUGGGUUUAUCAUCAGACCAAGCGUAUGUGCCUUCUCCGCCACGGGCUUCGGGGAAUCGUACCGAAAAUAAUUCAGAUCAAGACUUCAUAAUUAGAGACCUGAAUGAAGAUGUUAAUGAAUAAUUUAUUUAUGUUUUGUAAUAAUUUAGUUUAAUUUUGAGACAAUAUUUUAUUAGGAUUAAUAUGUUAAAGUUAAUUACUUUGGAGACAAUUUUAAAUUAUUAAUAAAUUUUAUUAAAUUGUUAU